ACAGGAGACCACAGGUGUAGAGGUCACAACAAUAACAAGAAGCAGGACUUGCUCUCCGCAUGGCAGGCUCCUGGAGGUGUUCUGCUAUAACGACCAGGAGUGUAUUUGUCUACUGUGCACCAUGGAGGACCACAAAGGCCACAACAUUGUGUUGGCUACAACGGCAAGGAAGGAGAAUCAGACUCAGGUCCUGGAAAGGAAGAGAAAACUUCAUAGAAGAAUACGAAACGGAGAGAGACAUAUCCAGGAGUUGACAGAUGCUGUGAUGUCAUACAAAGACUCAGCCGUGAUGUCACUAGAAGACAUUGAGAGGAUCUCUGAAGAUCUCAGUGCACUGUUGGAGUCCCCAGAGAGAAGAUGGUCUGAGGUGAGAGAGCAGAUCAGCGCCCAGCAGGAGGCAGCUGUUAGUCGAGCUGAAGACGUUGUGGAGAGGCUACAGCAGGAGGUUGCUGUGUUGAAGACCAGAGAUGCGGAGAUCGAGCAGCUCAUGCAUGAAGAAGAUCCCAUCCACUUCCUCCAACGUUUGCUGGCUCUCCAGUCGUCUUCUGUUCCCAAAGCUUCACCAAGCAUCACCAUCAGUCCACACCCAUCAUUCCAUGUCCUGAUGGAGUAUCUGACGGCACGGAAAGAGGACAAAAGCGGUCAGAUGGAGAAGACACCUGUAGAAGUGGAGAAGAUCCAUAUUGUGCUACCACUAGAGCCGAAAACAAGGGACGAGCUCACUGAGUAUUCGUGUCAGCUUACUCUGGACCCAAACACUGCCCAUCGAUCCCUCUCCCUGUCUGAGGACAACAGGAGGGUCUGGCGAGAGAAAGAGCAGCCCUGCCCUGAUGAUCACCAUGACAGGUUCACCGGCUGGGCCCAGGUGCUCUGUGUGCAGGCUGUGUCUGCAUGCUGCUACUGGGAAGUGGAGUGGACACAUGAGCUGGAAGGCUACGGCGUGGACAUCGCCGUGUCCUACAGAAACAUCGACCGAAAAGGUGGAGGUCUGGAGUGUCGGUUAGGUUGUAACGAUCGGUCGUGGAGGUUGGAGUGCGACCCUGAAAGAUGUUCCUUCAGACACAAUAAUUUCCGGACUGAAGUCCUCAGCGCUCUCAGCAGCUCCAGGGUGGGAGUGUAUGUGGACCACAAGGCCGGAAUUCUGUCCUUCUACAACGUCUCAGACACAAUGACCCUCCUACACACGGAGCAGACUGUGUUCAAGGAGCCUCUUUUUCCUGGGUUUUGGUUGGCACAUGGAGCAUCCAUAAACAUUUGCUCACUUUAAAUAUAUUGCACAGCAUGCAAGGGCUGGGCCAGGUAUUGCAAUGACCCUGUCUGUGUGUUUAUUUGUUUGUGUAUCUGCAUGCAGUGUUUUGAGUCACCUGUAGGUGGCUCCCAAACACACAACACAUUCAUCUAACUCUGGGCAAUGGACCAGGUUGCUAUCUAUGUCUCCUCUUUUUUUGUUGUUUAUUUCCAGAAUUUAUGCUGCCCAUUCACAUACGUUAUCUAUAUUUCAUGAAUAUUUAACACCACCAUCCAUUUGUUAUGACUGGGAGAUUUACACUAGUGACACAUGCAGGCGAAUUGAGCGAAGCAAAGAGAGGCAACAUUCAGUGUUCCAUUCUGACAGCUCAACGAUCAACAGGUUGUCGCGGUGAAUCAAAUAGAAUUUAUUUUGCUGAUUUGAUUGGCCAACGCAGGUGAAAUUCACCCCUCAUUUGCAUAAUAUUAAUAUUUGUAGAAUAUUGCCUUUGCUCCUGUUCACUUGCCUUCGUCUCCCUCAUAGGAAUGAGUGGCCAAGUUUGAUUCGCUUGGCCAAAUUCUUGUGUAUGUAUGUAUCCCUGGCAUUACACUUUUCAUAGGUGGGUCUUCUCAGUGUCCACCACUUUGAAUUACUAGUCCUAGACAUAUUUGGCUGCAAAACGUAAUGUACUAUGGACUGACUUAGUACAUUAACUUACGUUAUUCACUUGCAGUAGUAAAUGUUCGUGAAAUGCUCUAAUUUGUCAAUGGGCAGCAUAUCAUACAUUUGAAAACAAAUGACUAAAACUAUGUGUACACAGUGGACCUUAAAACAUUGAUGCCAUUUGCACAAACAAUUUGCAUGGAAACAUCAUCAGAUCAGAUCAGUAGAGUAGAGUAGAGUAGAGUAGAGUAGAGUAGAGCGUAGAGUAUCAUUUAUGAAUCCCAAGGGAAAUUAGGGUGUCAUUACAAUUAGCAUAUACAUACACUGUACAUUAGAGUUUCUCAACGGGGGGCGCUACAGCUCCCCAGAGGGCGUUGGGGAGCACUAGGGGGGCGUUGACAAGGAUACAGCUGAGUGGGGGCGGGGCUUAGUUCCCAUUGGGGGGCAUUAGUUUAAUUUUCAAUACUAAUGGGGGAUGAUGACUGACUUAUGAUAAGGUCAAGGGGGUGUUGGGAGGCUUAUAAUGAGGCCAAGGAGGCGUUGGUUCAAAAAAGGUUGAGAACCACUGCUGUACAUAAACACAGAAUAUACAAGACAUUACACAUGCUGUCAAGAUGCUGUCUGUAUUUAGGUUUUGUGAAUCUGUAUGUUAGUACACCGGCUGGCCUGUGAGAGUGUUGUCUCUCUCCUGUAUCCUUGAGCAUGUAGAAAUAAUUCAAAGCAGUGCAGUAAUUCAUUGCCAUGAUUAUGCAACAAUACUGACUAUCACGACAGUAAACAGGAACAUAAAGCUGGAUGUUACUUUUUUUCAAUGUACUUUAUGGAUUCAAUUUAAAAAAAAGUAAUCAAUACCCUUUUGAGUGGACAGUCAGAAUAAAUUCAUGGGGCUUUUCGACAGAACCGUCGGCCUUUAAAGGGUGACUUAUUGAGUGCUAUGCAAUUGCCUUGUACCGUUGAUACCGUCUGAUGGUGCCACUGAAUGCACCUAAUACUGGCUGAUUGAAGCCAGGGGUAUGUUGUGGAUGAAAUCGACCUUUCAAAGUUGUCAGUACACACGUUCACAAUGAAACAAUUCGGGGGCCAGACAAUUGUUGUAGAUAGUGUGAGCGGGUGGUCUGCACACUGGGUAUACACGGGCCAAAACACUUCAGCACGUAAUUUGACAAUGGCAUUGUUAUUAAAUUAAUGAAUUAUCAAUUAAUGCAAUGUAAAGGGGACCACAGCAAUGGACUUAACGCCUCCUGUUGGUAUGCUGCUCUGUGAAGAUUACAGUAGGAUUUACACCCUGGAGAGGUGCGAGCCCCUUUAAUCUCUACUGGAUAUGUUAUGUUGUGUUAACUCAAGUUGUGUUAAAAAUGCAUCGAAAAAAAGAGUUUUAUGUUGUAGUCGUUUCCAUUGAUUAAAAAAGGAAGCUGAUUGCUACAGCAGAUAGAGUAGAUUUAAAAAUGUAUAUUUUUUACAAAGCUUCCAAGCGUAGCUCCUGCCUCCCAUAGGUCCCUCUCUGUACCUCUCUGUGAAGGUUACAGUUAAGAUUUACACUACGGGGAGGUGGAAGCCCAUUUAAUCAACAUUAAAGGUGGGAGCCUCUUUAAUCUACAUUGAUAUAAAUAGAUGUCAGUGUCACAUGCACUGUAUACUAUGUCCUCAAUGCUGGAAGAUUUGUUAAACCUCACAAGCUGUUAAGAUUUCAACCUUCAGAACAGUACCAUCUGGCCGUGUGUGUGUGUGUGUGUGUGUGUGUGUGUGUGUGUGUGUGUGUGUGUGUGUGUGUGUGUGUGUGUGUGUGUGUGUGUGUGUGUGUGUGUGUGUGUGUGUGUGUGUGUGUGUGUGUGUGUGUGGACAAGAAUGUUGUAUAUUUUGUGUGUGCAUCAUGCAUGUGUAUGGGUUUGUGUGUCUUUAAAU